CGUCGACGUUGCGCCAGUGCGGCCGUUGUGCCGCGCGCGGCACUUUUUUCAGAAAACGUCAACAAAGACGCGAUGUACAACUUGGGACGCUCCUCAGACACAGUCCUAUGUUCAUUCCGAAGCGGCUUCCUCAGCGGGCAGCGCAAGUUCCAGCUCGUCGUCUGAAAAGAAGGCGAGAACUUCUGAAGACGAGACCCCUGAGUUGCACGCUGACGAUCACGCUCAGGCUCCGUCCUUUUUGGAAUACCAGUUUCCCGGCUUAGUCUCACGCGCGGACGAAGUAGACCAAGAAGACUCAUCGUCGCAAAUAGCAGCUGGUCGUGGUGAAGAUGCAAGUGCCAGUGCCUCAUCAAACGAGAAACGGAGAGAAACGACUACGAAACCAACUACCGCACAAGGAAAAAACCACGAAGGUACACACACACCUCAUCCACACUCCAUUUUUUUCCAGGACCAUCUCCCAAAAGAAUUGCUUCCGCGGUUGAAUGCCUUCACGGAAAUGCCGAACAUACCGCAGACCUUCGAAGCGGUCCACGUGGGCGUGCAACUCGUGCCGCAGAGCCGCUCGGGUGGUCCCAGUUUCCAGACCCAUCUGCGGAUCCAGGCACGGUUUGCCUUUGUGGUGCCCACACUGCACGCGUUGAUCCAAAAGUUCCGGGAAGAGGUGAAAAAAACACUGCACGCCGCUUACGACGACUACGAUUUGCCACACUGGUGGGCAGGCCGGGGUCGUCGUAGGGACGAUGAUCUAAAUAAUAUGGCGAAAUGGAAAUGUAGUUCAACAGGAGCUCCUGCAAAUAAACGUGGUCAACAAACAACUACUCCAUCUAGUACCUCGGCGCACAACCUGUCUCUGCCACAACUCCUUCCCCCGCUACUUCCAACAGCGAGAAAUGACGUUUCCCGGAUCGAUCCAGAGUUACGUGAGAAAUUUUGCGGCGCUUCUGUAGAUGAGUCCUCUGCAGCGUCGACUGACCGCGUUCGCCGAUGGAAAAGGGCGAAGGCGAAAACUCGAGACAGGUUACAAGUGAAGCUGACCGACUCGGAGAUCGAUGAAGCUGACCAAGAAUUUGACGUAGACAUGGUGCAUGCGCAAAAAUUCGAUCGGAUUGCCGCAGUUUCUUACGGGUUCCGCCAGGGCAUGAACGACGAAAUCUUCGAGCGGUUAACUAGCAGCGGAAGCAGUACUAGCUCCUCAACACCUACCUCGAGCGCUGCCAGCACACCCGCUUUUGCCGCAAACGCGGGUGGUCGUCGGGAAGGAGAAGAGGAGCCGAAUGAUCUGACUAUAAUUGGCACCGACCACCGAACCAGUCCCUCUGUGGGCGCCGGGCUGGUGGGGUCUUCUAGUUCAUCUAGUGCGGCUGCAACUGCAUCAUCUUCAUCGUCGCAGCUGCAGCCUGGUUCUUUUGUUCCGCGCGACCAACAAUCCCCCGCAGCACUCACAAGUACUCCGGCGGAUCACGCAGCUGCGGACUCGAUGCACGCUAAAGAGCAGCGACGACUGCGACACGAGGCUGCGUUUUACAAAAGACUAAAAGCGCUGCGCAUGCUCGUUCGCAGCGAGUGGGGCGACACGGAUUACAUUCGCGUCCAAAUCGGGCGGUUUACCGUUUCUUACUACGAAAGCAGCCGAGAAAAUGCGAAGUCGGUCUUCCUCCCCUUUCAUGUCGGUAUGGAGGGGACGCCUGGAACACUGCUCGCCACCUACCUUCGGGACACCCAAAUUUUUUCCUGUCACGAGAUGCGGAUGGCCUUCCUGCGGGCGAAAGGCUUUCCCACAAGUCUGGUCGCGACAAGACAGGGAGGUGCUGCUGGCACGACGGCGUUGGGACGUGGAGGAGAGCCGCGUAGUUCUUUUAGUCCACAACUGCAAAAAACGUUGUACCAAAGCAAAUCUGUUGAAGCUGAGCUGCGCAAUGAGUAUGAGGCUAGGGGACCAGCAAUGUUGGCUUCAGGUGGUUCCGAAAGGGCGCCGAGACGAAUUAUACGAUCCUUGAAGUAUAGCGUGGCGGAGGGGAGGUGGAGGAGUUUUGCUGAAGCUAUUUCAGCAGGCACGGGACCCCGGCGCCGCCAGAAGAGGAGGUACAAUAAGAGGCUGGCGGAACAACCGGGAAGGCUAGGCAGUCAGAAUCAGGAACAACCCGCUCCCGCGGCGCAAGACGACGAUCCACAUCCAAGUGGCCGACCUGCGCAACGUACCGAUCUACUUAUCGGGGGGCACGAUUUAGAUCAUCUCAAGGGAGAUGCACUAGACGAGGAGGAUGAACAAAACAGUAGCAGCGGAACCGAUAUGGACGACCCAGAGCUACUGGAAAAUACUCUUCACACGGGCGAAGCGAUCGGAACGUCCGCGAAGAUUGCCUUCUGGGGCAACGGGUGGCUAGGCACCACGUACUUCUACCGCGACGCCCGGUGGGGCUUCAUGCUGAUUGCCACGGAAGUCGCAAAUUUGAUCGCUUUCCGAGUGCGGAAGGACGCGGGUCUUGCGAGCAAGAAGGUGUGGUCGUCGGCCUCGUCUGCAGAGAUAAGCAGGCAUGAUGCUGAUGCAGGCCGUCGUGGGGAAGAUGAUGCUCCUGUUGGCGACAAUGACAAUGAUCGUGCUAUGCCAACUCGUCGCAGUCGCCGUACAAGUAGUGCAGGACCAGGAGGCGAGACUUGGACUUCUAGAACCAAUCCUGCUGCUCCUGUUUUUAACACGUCGACACACGGAUUUGCUGGAAUCAACAUGAGCGCAAGCGUGUCGGGAGUUACAUCACCUCCGGCGGUGGUGUACUCAACAUCGACGGCAACUGCGACGCCCGCAGCAACAAGCUCGUCGUCUUCCUCCUCUAGCGCUCGCUCUAGAAGAACACACCGGGAGAUGGAGGAGCACCAUCAUGAACACAGCCAAGCUGCGCGCAAUGAGAAACCCGACACGGGAGGUCGAGGAAAAAAACACGUUGAAGGAGACGAGCCGCUUACGUCUAGUCUCCACGCCGAGCCGGACUUCCGCACAGCGUGGCCAGUACCGUACUCGUGGUCAGAGUCCUUUUCCGUGCUCGUCGGAACCCUUGCCCUGGCCAAGCGAGUCCGCGCCUCCCUCUGCAGCGUUGUUCGACAUCUGUAUGGUGUUUCUAUGCCGGAGCAGGAGGAGGACGGGGAGGAGUUUUCUUCUGCACGGGAACAAAUGUCGCGAGGCAGUUCCGGCGCAGCCUCGUCGUCUUCCUCACCGGGUACGUUUCGUCGAGAUGAUGCAGGUACGAUGAUAAAGCAGAAGAUUUGAUUUGUUUUUUUUCUAGAAACUUGUCUGCAUUACUGUUACAACUCGGAUAGAAGUUAUUUCUGGCAUGAUGUCCUCAUCAGGGUAGUUUUGACGAUGAACCCGCCUCCUACUUCAACGAUUUUAUUCCGUAGGUGCAUCUUCAUCUCCACCUCCCGCCCACCACAACCUCCUCUCCACCCUGGACCCCGAGGCCCAGACGCUGCUCCGCCGGCAGAUCCAGACGGCCUGCGAGCAGGCGGAGGCCGACGACACCGCACUGCAGGCGGACGAAAUUCGGUCCGAUCCAGACCUGGCGAAACUCCAGAAAUGGCUGCCGCCAAACAUCAACCUCGCAGCCCUGUUCGACUUCCGGGCGCCGCCGCCGGCCGAACUAGAAGAGGUGGAAAGCGAGGCGGGCAAUGUUGAAGACCAAUCUACUUCAGAACAUGCAGGUGAACGUCGUCGAGACAGAACAGCUACAGCAACUACAGAAGACGAAACCACGACCAGACCGAGCGCUAUAAGGGGAAGGAGUACGUCGACGAGCGCAAGGACAAGUUCGGUCUCUACAACAUCCAGAAGGACCAGAAGCAACAGUGAUCCGCGCAGCACAAGUAGCGGGAGAACGACGGAGCGAAACAGAAGCUCGUCGGUUCUUUUCACAACGACAAGAACGGCACCUCCCGGUGCAGCUGGGCUCUCUAGUAUUGCAACCACUGCCACCUCCCGGGGACGCAGCAGCACUACUUCCCCCCGGCGGCCAUCUUCCCCUCCGCGAACUACGAACGGCGGCGCGCGACGCUUCUCACCAGAGGAGUGGCGGCGCUACGUGGCAAACGUGCACGAGCCGAACUGGAAUCUAGCGCCGCUGCCGGUGGGCGUGGAGGAAGAGGAAGAUCAAGAUGUGGAGGACGUGACGAGCAUGAAUGUGGAAAACGAUAGCGAACGACUCCAUAGUACCGGUAUGGUACUCGACGGGAACGACGGUCAACUGUGGAUACGAACGCAAAGGAGACCUCUGGAGCAGCAGGGUCGAGGACCCAGCACCGCCGCAUCUCCGGUGGUCCUCCGGGAGCCGCAGUUUCUGCGCAGGUUACGAUUGGUGCCUAGGUUGCACUCUCCCCGGGCGGCACUAUUGUUUCUGUCCCGCGCACUGCAUCGCCUCCCGCUCGACGUACCGGUUUUGAAUUCGUGGACUUUUUCUAAACCUGCACAGGAGAAACAUCAUGAUGUCAAGUCGGCUGCAUCUUCCGCAACAUCUUCCAGAAACAAGGGGAUCAAGCAAAUAACAUCGGCCGCCGCGGCGGAUUACGUUGAACGGAUUCAGAGCCCUAGCGGCACACGUCGUGGUUCCUCUACGUCACGCCCGCUGAAUAUCUGCUGGUCUCCUCCGCGACUUCCGAGCGAGACACGGGCGGUCCCCUUGAGGACUAUGGCGGUUGCGCAGAAAAACACUAGGAUAUCGACUGCCGGGAGCAAACUGGACAAUUACGACCACUGUGACGGAAACGCCGCGAUCCUCGUCGGGGAGAAGGGGAGUGCGAGUGGUGGUUCCGAAGACAGUUUUUUGCAAACUGCGGAUUUCAACUACAACAAACAGAAGAGCAUUUUUCCCGGCGUCGCUUCCCUCAACCAGGGUCUGUGGAACGAGGAGAGGUUGCACGACACAGCAAUGCCCACCUUUGCACAAUAUGUCGACUCCCCACAGUUUCCUUCGGAAUUGUUAAUCCCGCAGGAGCUGGCGCACGACUUUGGGCUGCUCAACAAUUGGUACAAGACCGGCCUGUCGGGGCGGGACCCCGCUUGGCCUAACGCUUGGCCGAGAACCGCAACGGUCGUGCUGGAACUUCAAAGCGGAAAUAGGGAGUGGUACAACGUGUCUAAUUUUGACGCAGCUGUAGGUGGAGCGACUAGCACUUCCGCCGCGGAACACGAAACCGCAACCGCAGCGGCAAACGCAGCAGCUGCACGAAAUAACGGCGGGGGCAACAAUGUUGUUUUUGGUCCUCACCCCCGGCCUCAGCCCGCUCCGGCCCGACCGCCGACACGCCGCGGGUUCGGAGACAUGGCUACGAUGCUGUUGGGUCGAACCAGAAUGGCAGGACCGGCGGUGCGAAACGUCAAUGCGGCACAGGCAAAUAACCCGAAUGGAGAUCCUGCUCGUUUUAUUCCCAAUCCCACUGGGUCUACGACUUUGACUCCCGCGGAAGAUGGUGACGCGUCGACGACGUCAACUUUCGCAAGCGUUCUAUACUUUCAUCGCCAGCUGCCCCCCAUCACCGGGUCAGCUGCCUCCGACGGUAGUUUUGGAGUCACAGGAUACGACCCACGAGGAGGUGCAGGGGAAGCAAGACCGCGAACCAGGGUGGUUCGACUGUAGUGGUCGCAUACGCAAAUGAAAAUGAGCAGAGGAGCUCCAAUCCCAAUCCGUUUUUGGCCGCCGCGUACGCGGCGCACGAAGAUGAAAUCAUCAUGCCGGCGUGUGAUAACAAGUAGUCCACCUCCUCUCGGUCUCGACUAUCUCGCGCUCCUCCCCACGGACUCGAGGACGUCGAAUUCGACGAGCGCGCACUGGGAGUUCGCCCUGGCCCUACAGUGCUCCUGCAUGUGCACGUCGCGCGUGAUCAUUUUCCAACGAUGUGGAGGGGAUUCUGAAAGCCACUGAAAAGUCGCGUGUCUCCUGAACUGUGCAGGCAGCUGCGCUCUGCGCUUUUGACGUUUUGGUCAGCGGUGGUCGCUUGAACUGUUUUUGUCAAAAUGCUUUCACGAGAACUCAAAUGUCAUGAAAAACGCCAAAAUGAACAAUAGUUAUGAACAAGAUCAUUAGAAAAUAGCAGCAUCAGUUUCAGUACUUCUGCACCCGUUGCAGUGGCAACGAUGGUGCUGCGGGAUUCAAGAUAGAUAUGAUGUCCAAAAGCAAAACUUUAUCUGGUAGAAGCAACCGCUGAAAAAGAAAUACAACAUGCACCUUAAAGCAUCUACUCCAACAUCAAUUCGGGGUAUCUAGAAGACUCGUCGUGCCCCCACCUCCUGCGCAACGAGAAUAUAAAGCGAGUAAGGAUCCCAUGAGGUGAGAUAUUCAGAUUCAGGCCGUUGAUUCGAACGCACCAGGCGCCAUCGCCUUUGCGUCAUCAAAGAUUUGUCACGCGUAGCCGUAGUUGGUUUCAGGAACGUGAAGAAUGAAUAUCUACGAUCCUGACGGAAGUGGAAGCCGGUCUGCCUCUGCGUACCAGGCGAAACCGUGCUACGCCACGGAACUUUGUUU